AUGAAAAUGUUCAUUGCUACCGCUCUGGGACUCCUGGUGAUCGCUUCGGUCACCGUUAUCGGUUCAGCCGAGCAGCAUCACCAUGCUCCGGCCUACGAGCACCAGGGUCCACCGAUUCCGAUCGUCCACAGUGAAUCCUACAGCAGCCACGACGGAAGCUACAAGUUCGCGUACGAAUCCGGCAACGGAAUUGCGGCGCAGGAAGAAGGAUUCGUGAAGAACGCUGGCAGCAAGGAUCACGAGGUGCAGGUCGCUCACGGAUCGUACUCUUACACCGAUCCCCAUGGUGUGCCCGUGUCCAUCAGCUACGUUGCCGAUGAGAAUGGAUUCCAGGCCAAGGGAUCGCACAUCCCAACGCCACCACCAGUGCCCCAGGAACUGAUCGAUGCUUACGCCAAGGCCGCCAGCCAGCCCCAGCAGCAUCAUGAUGCGGAGCCAGAGUACGCUCAGCCCGCUCCUCAUGGUUACAGCGCGUACUAG